AUAGUGCACCAAUCUAAACAAUUUUUUCAUAAUUCAUAUUAUCUCUUAUCUUUAUUCAUUCAUCUACAUUUUAUUAUGCCAUCGCCAAAAGAAGACAGCUUGGAUAUUAAAAAAAUACUAAAAAAUGACGAAUCUAAUACUUCACUUAUUAUAAUUCAACAUCAAUCAACUCAAUCUGGAUACUCUCUUUUACGAUAUAUAGCACGAUCUGCUAGAAAUCCUAUUAUAAUAUGCUUUGAACAGAGUCCAGAGUUUUACAAGAAGGCUAUACCUUCUGCUGAAAUAAUAGAUUGUCGCUUUUCUAAUGAAAUUCCAUCUUUAGAGAGAGACCUUGAGCAUAGUUUUUUCAUUGAUUCUUUAGAGAGAUACAACAAUAAUAGAGCUAUAUUAAGUGCAUCAAAACGUUAUAAUAUAAUAUCAUUAGUUAAGCUUUCAUCUAAGGGUCUGGUUCAACAAUUGUCUUCUGUUCAGAAUACACCACGGGUGACGACGAUAAACCUUCAUUCAGUGUAUAAUUACGAGAAAGUGAUAAAUGAAUACGGUUUGAAACCAAAUGCACCACAAUUUUUAGGUGUUUUGCAUGAACUCCAACAAUAUCAAACCAUACCGGCGCAUCUAACCAAUAAUGAUAAAUUUGUCAUAGAAACUCUCGUCAGAUCAGCGCAAAAGGGUACAAAAUUGGUUAGACGAUCAUUGGAUCUUAUCACUGUUGGUAUAAAUGAUGUAGAAAUCACAAACCUUGAAGGUGUCACACAGAGUCUUAACAUACAAGCAAAAGCAGACGAGAAAGAGGAGGAAACUAAACCACAACCAACAAACCUUGGAUUAUCAUUCAAUUUGGGCCUUACAAGUGACCAAAAGGCGGCAAGAGAGGCUGUUCCAUUACCAUAUCUCCAAGCACAACAGGAGCAAGCACCAAUUAUCAGCUAUGAUCCAGAUAGCGCUGAUGACUGGGAUGAUGAGGAUCCAGACGAUGAUCUCGAUUUGUAAUCAUUUCUAAUUAAGGGGUAUACAUUCUU